AUGGUCUUAAGCAAUCUCCUCGUGCAUGGUUUGGUCGUUUCAACUGAUGCGGUUGUCUCUUUUGGCAUGCAUCGGUGCGGUGUGGAUCACUCAGUAUUUAGUAUGUCAUCUUUACAAGGAUGUGUUAUUCUUGUUGUUUAUGUUGAUGAUAUCAUUGUCACGGGAAGUGAUGUUGAAGGUAUACAACGACUCAAGCAAUUUCUACGGAAGGAGUUUAGCACUAAAGAUCUAGGUUGUCUUCGAUAUUUUCUUGGCAUCGAAGUUGCAUAUGCUAAUGGUAGCAUUGCUCUCUCCCAACGAAAAUAUACUCUUGAUAUUCUUAAGGAGGUCGGUUUACAUGAUGCUAAACCCGGUGACACACCUAUGGAUCCUGGAGUAAGAUUUGAUAAUGAACACGGAGAACUUCUUCGUGAUGCAGAGAAGUAUCGCCGAUUAGUGGGCAAGUUAAACUAUCUCACCAUUACUCGUCCGGAUAUUUCAUUUGCUGUUAGUGUGGUAAGUCAAUUUAUGAGCUCUCCUCGUACUACUCAUUGGCAAGCUGCACUACAAAUUGUUCGAUAUUUAAAGGGAGCUCCAGGUCAAGGACUUGUGUUUCAUAAUCGGGGUCAUCUUCAUAUAUCUGGUUAUUCUAAUCCAGAGUCCUUGGAGGUGAUAGGAUAUUCUGAUGUAGAUUGGGCUGGUUGCCCUAUGGAUCGCAGAUCUACUUCGGGAUAUUGCGUAUUUCUUGGUGGUAAUCUUGUGUCAUGGAAAAGUAAGAAGCAGUCUAUUAUUUCUCGAUCAAGUGCAGAGGCUGAGUAUCGUGCUAUGGCUAAUGUUACGGGUGAACUCCAAUGGGUUCGUAUGUUUUUAGGCGAGAUUGGAUUGCCUAUGAUCGGAUCAUCUACUCUCUGUUGUGAUAAUCUAUCAGCCAUUCAUAUUGCUAGCAAUCCAGUGUUUCACGAGCGAACAAAGCAUAUAGAGGUGAAUUGUCAUUUUGUUCGUGAAAAGGUGAACAGUGGAGACAUACGAUUGGUGCAUACACGUUACGAAGAGCAACUAGCAGACAUUUUCACAAAGCCUCUUCGAUGCGGAAGAGUUUCAUAUAUUUGUCGUAAGUUAGGUCUUUUUGAUAUGUACGCUCCAACUUGA